AUGAAUGGCAAACUGCAUAGUGAAACCGGCGCUUUCUCAUCUGACGACAUGCGCGCCGAAAUAUUAAACCCUUUCGUUCAUAAAUUGGAGUUAGAUAAUACAUAUGACAAAAUAAAGACGGCGAUAUUUACAGUAAUACUGCUGCCGUUCCGAGUGAUAGUCAUCUGUUACUUGAUAGUGACGGCUUGGUUCCUCGCGUGUAUCGGCCUCUAUGGUUUAAGUGAAGAAGACCUCAGGAAGAAACCUAUGACAGGAUGGAGAAGUUUUGUCGACUGCCUUUCUUCCGUAUUUGCUUUCGUGUACGAUUCGAGAAGGAGGGAUCAUUUUGACCUCCAUGGCUCCCGCACUCGUGUGCUGUUUGCUUGAAUGCCCCCAAAAACCAAUGCCGAAAGGCAAAAAGCUUACAGAGACAGACUGAAAAAGGAUAAACCAAGUAAAUAUGAGGAAAUCCGUGUUAAACAUUUGGAAAAAGUUAAAGAAAAUAUCAAAAAGAAAAAAGAAAUUCUUACAGAAGAAGAAAAACAAGAGCUUCGAGCAAAGUGGAGGCAAGCCAAUGCUAAAAGAGCUGAAAGAAAAAAAAAGGCCAACUCUACGACAAAACAAAAUAACACAUUAGAAGUAAGAAAAAAUGCUAAAAAUAAUACAACAAUCCUAAAGGAGAGACUACAAAAGCUCACUGAAGAAAAUACUCAAUUAAAACGACGAAAUAAGAAUUUAAGACAGGCCUGUAAUCGCAUGAAAAAGCGAUUCAAAAUUCUGAAAAAACUAUUACCCAAACAAAUUAGGCCUGAUAAUGAUGCUAUUUCCAUUGAAACUCGACAGUGUGACGACACACCAUUAACAAAAUCGAAUAGUUUUUUAGAAGAAACUUUACCAAAUGUGUCCAUGACGGAAAAAGAGAAGGUAAAAAGACAGUUAAUUUUGCUAAACACAAUUACAGAUUCUUUAAAAACAGAGUUUAAUAAAGCAGAUACCAAAGAGAAGAAAAUACUAAAAAAAGUAGCUACCAACGAUAUUGCAAAUAAAUAUAAAUUAAAAACAGCUAUUUCUAAUGUUCUUGGUCUGAAAGGAAGAAUAAGAAAGACGAAAUCAAAAAACGAAAUAAAAAAGAAAUGGAAGAAAGAUAUACAAGAUUUCUUUGAAAGAGAAGAUGUAAGUAGACCUAGUGCGGGUAAAAACGAGUGCAUAACGAGAAACAAAGAAAAAGUGCAAAAGAGAUAUUUAAUGGAACCAAUAUACAAGCUCUAUAGAAAAUACACGAUAGAGGGUGGUACAGCGUCUUUGCAAACUUUUUAUCGUUUUCGACCGUUCUCCGUUGUGAAACCAAGACUUCAAGAUAGGAAUACUUGUGCUUGCAUAAAGCAUAGUAAUUUAUCUUUCAAGGCAAUAUCGUUGAAGAAGCUAGGUUUGCUUAAGACAUCUGACAUUGACGAACUUAUGAAAAAUGUCACUUGCAGCAAAUGUUUUAAAUGCAUGUACUCUGAGUGUUCUGAAUGCAAAAAUAAGAAACUAGCUGUCGAUUUGACAAUAAAUGAAGACAGCCCUGUGGAGUGGCUUCAAUGGAAAAUUGGCAUACACACUUAUAUUAAAAUUGACAAAAAGAAAUGCGUAGAAAAACAGACGAAAAAGUAUUCAAAACAGAAUAUAAAAGAAUACGGAUUUGAAUAUGCAACUUGGAAUUUUUUUGAAGCCUCUCAUGGCAAAGGGCCAGCUGACGGGGUUGGUGGGGCAUUAAAGCGCCAACUUGACAAUCAUAUAUCACAUGGCAAUGACAUAACCAACGCAAAAGAAGCAUAUGACUAUUUAAUGGUUAACAGUAAAGUAAAAAUGUUUUAUAUAAAUGAAAACGACAUUGAGAAGAUGACCAAAAAUAUCCCUGAAAAUAUUAUUCCUAUAAAAGGAACAAUGAAGCAGCAUCAAAUUAUAACGGAUGGCAACACGACAAUUAAAUAUAAAUUGCUGAGCUGCUUUGAUUGCCAUAAAAACAUCUGCUGUGAUUGUUACUACACUAAAGAACAUGAACUUCUAUCCAAAACCCUAUCAGAACCAAAAGCAUCAUGUAGUAACAAAAGACAAUCCUUGAAAAAACAAAAACCAGCAACGAAAAGAUUCAAAAGAAUAAAUAGUUCUACUACGACGGAGAGUGAUAUCAGUAAAAGUUAUCAUAGUGAUUCACAUCUGAUAGAUGCGGAUUUUUCGAAUGAGGACAAUAAUUUACCCAUUAUAGAUGACAGAGAGAGUGAUCAAGACUUAGAGGACACAUCAAAGGAGGGAAAAGUUAAACGACAACCCCCAGAACAAGUAACAUUGUUAUCUUCGUCAAGAUUUAUGUCUGCAAACCAUGCUUUCUAUGAUACUGAAGUAAAAUGCCUCAAGGCAGACGAAACACAACAAGGCAAAGAAAACUUUAAGAAUAAAGGAAAAGGAACAGGGAAGAAAACAGUAAAGCAACAAAAAGAUAUGGAAGUAGACAAAUAUCCAAUUGAUAUAAUGAAUGUAUUAAAACAAACAGGUGAAACAGACAAACCAAGUAAAGAAAUAAAAAGUCAUGAGGAAGAAGGAUCAACAACUGAUAUCAAUACAAAGCCAAUAAUUCUCGAGGAUUUAGUAAGUGACGAAGUUUUAACUAUGGCUGAGAAAUAUAUUAUGUGUGAUGCAAUGACAUUUAAUGAACCGGAGUUUAAUUUCAAUGAUUUGGACAAUGUAGAUGUUAUAAUAAAAAAUAAUAAUGCAACAAAAAAUAACACUGAACAUGAAAAUGAUAAUAAUGAUGAAAAUGUACCAAUUGAAGGCACUCACAAAGUCAAAGGCAAAACAUGUGCACUUACUAUUCUUAACGACGAAAAACUGGAAAAUAUACACACAAAAAAGAAAGUGGUUUAUAAAGGACUUAAACCUCUAUCACUAAAUAAUUAUCUUCACGCGCCAAAGCGAUGUGAUCCAAAGAUUAAAAAACGGAUUGUCAAACCAAAUGUGUUCCGGAAAGAAUUCAAUUAUUAUAAAGAUAAGGAAGAAAUUUAUAAAGCGCUAAUGGAUAGCGAUUCUAAUUUUUUUUUUUUUAACAACGUCUGGUUUUAA